UUAUGCCUUUAGAUUGGAACCAUUUUACCAAAACCCAUCCCCAUAUAUGCGGAUUGAGCGAAACCUAUAAAGCCUGUUUCAGUGUCUGCCGAUGAAUUUAAUAUUUAACGUGUUAUGGAAAACUGAGUUACAUUAUCUAAACAUAAAAUUAAAUCUUUUGUGACAAACGUCAAGGGAAUUUUGAAAUUAAUUUACACCGUACUUUAAACAGCUUUUUUAACUGCAAAACGCGCACUCUCUCGCUCAGCUGUAGUGGAAUAUUGUCCGGAAUUGUUUCAAACGUUUUGAACCGGAAGUUGUGGAAUUUAUUUGCCAUUUAAUCAUUUUCACUUUCACUUUCACUUUCACUUUCAUUAUGAUUUAAACUCGAGACGUUUUUACAAUGAUGACUCUAAGUCUGGAUAAAUUACAUUCAAGACCAGUUAGUGGCAUCAAUCCUAACAGGAAACGGGUGCAAGACUAAGUCCAACUAUUGGAGAGAACUAGUAGUGCUGUCAACCAUUUGAUCACACACGGAAGUGUUAUUUAUUUACUCAAAAAUAUUAAAAUGAAAAUAUAUACACAUGUUGAGAAAAAAUAAAGCUGCAAAUAAAAAAUCUUGACCAAAAAACAUAAAAAAAAAAUACAGAUGCUUGACAUUUUUUUAUAUAGAUUAGACCGUUGGUUUUCCCUGUUUGAAUGGUUUUACACUAGUAAUUUUUGGGGCCCUUUAUAGCUUACUGUUCAGUGUGAGCUAAGGCUCCAUGUUGAAGGCCGUACCUUGACCUAUUAUGGUUUAUUUUUAUAAAUUGUUACUUGGAUGGAGAGUUGUCUCAUUGGCACUCACACCACAUCUUCCUAUAUCUAUAUUUUAGCAGCUUUACUUUAUUUAGUGUAAAAUUCAUAGUGCCUAAAAUAUAGUGCAAGUGUGACGGGAUUGCUUCCCUUAGAAAACUUAGUAGAUACUUAGUCAGCCGUAAGCGGUUGAGCUAAGGAACUACUUCUUUAGCUCAGUUGGUUAACACACUAUCUUUUAACACAGAGGUCCCGGGUUUGAGUCCCGGUGAAGACUCAUGAAGACUCAUGAAGAAUCAUGCUCUCCGAUUAUAUUGGCGCCUAACAAUAAAAACCUAGGUUACAAGAAUUACCUAGCCAGGGAAAUAUAUAUAUAUAUAAAAGAUGAAGAUAUCAUCAUUAUAGUGUAUAUUGACUCUUGAGGUUGGGGAAGUGUGACGGGAUUGCUUCCCUUAGAAAACUUAGUAGAUACUUAGUCAGCCGUAAGCGGUUGGGGCUAAGGAAGUACUUCUACAGCUCAGUUGGUUAACACGCUGCCUUGUAACAUGGUUCAAGUCCCAGUGGAGACAUAUUAUUUUGCAAGAAGAAUCAUGCUCUACAGUUACACAACAUAUGACCGUCAAAACAUGAUAACCAAGUCACUUCUGAUCAGAUGAGUUUUAUUUAGUUUCCAUCAAAACAUGUAUUAUUAUUGCACUUAAACGGUUUGUGCAGUAAUGGUUUCCACUAAAACUAAAUUUAAAUGUUAUUAGUUUUUUCAACUGGUAUAGAAUUGUAUACUUGUUUUGUACACUACUCAGUACUGCAUCAAGAUCUAUUUACAACUAAUACUACAUCAAAUUAUAGUUUGUGGAGUAAUAAAUGAAUCUUGCUUUCUGUUGGUGUGUUCGUUUAUCAUCUAUCUAAAUUGACUCCUUAAGUAUUCUUAAACCUGUAAAUGAAUAUAAGUAAAACUUUACACAGUGGUAAACAAAACUUUAUGAGUAUUUAAUUGAAACAUUAUUAAACAACCGAAAAUACCUUUUUUAUUGGCUGUGAACUGCGUGUCAGUAUCUGCAAGUACUCUUAGAUAUUUACAUCAUGUACAUUGGCAAUUAUACCACAAAUUCUUAUUUUUAUAUUGACACUAUGCAUGUAUAAUAUAAUGGAAGACACAUUAAAAUUUAUUUUAUUUAUUGUAGAAUGAAGAGAAUACGCUUCACUAAGAAGCCCCCAAAGAUUAAGAAGAUAGUAUAUGAUGGAAAAAGACCACAAACAAAAUAUGUUAGGCUAGAUGCUUCAUUAUCCAGCAAACAAGAAGAUACUGUUAUUGAAACAGAUCGUGAUGAAAUUUUUAAACAAAAACUGGAUAUAAAUUUAGAACUUAUAAAUGAAGAUCAUCUUGACCAAGAAGUACCAGCUAAAAAUAGUUAUGCAGGAAAGAAAAAAAAGCUCAUUGAAGCAUGGGAGGGAUUAAGAGAAGGCCUGAUAUUGACUAGACUACAGGAGCUUAGUCCAGCAACGCAUGAGUGUGGGUUUUGUGAUGAUGUACAACCCAACAUUAUUAUUUGUCAAGAUUGUGGGCCUCAGGCAUAUUAUUGUUCAAGUUGUUGUGAGAGAGUACACAGAAAUAUCUUAUUUCACAAACCACACCAAUGGAAGGGAUCUAUGUAUGUACCAAUAGAGCUAGUUAAUGAGCUAACCAGAAAAGAUCACAAAUGUGACCAGGCAUUUUUCAGCAACAUUUAUGCUGUUGAUAUGAAAGGAACACAACAUAUCUGCAAAAUCCAGCUUUGUAGAUGUGAAACUGCAGCAGCAACCCUAUUACGGUACAAUUUAUGGCCAGCAACACCAUCAAAUCCUAGAAUUGCCUUUGAUAUUCGUUUCAUGGAGUUGCUCUCGGUAUUACACCUGGAAUGUCACCUGCCUACAAAAUCUUUUUGUGAUGCCUUGGGAUUCUUAAAAUCAAACUUUAUAAAUUUGGCUACAGAUGAUGAAAAGAAUAUUUACCGUGCUGUUGUUGGUGAUUGUUUGACAGAAUACAAUUAUCACCGGUCCACAUUGAACACUAGGCACACUAUAACUGAAUCAUCUUUUACCAGAGAAUGUCCAAUAUGCUUGAAGAACCCCCCAAUAAUCUCUAUGGAUGCUAAUUUUGGUCUUGUACACAAACGGUCAUCAGGUGAAGGUCAUGGCAGACAUUCUUCCAGACAUAAAGACCUUUUUUUUAGAAACCAUGACAACAUGAAAAGUUUCAUCGAUGAUUAUUCUGUCCAGAAAGGUACUAAUUAUGAAUGUUCCAAUUUUCAAGCAGGAGACAACAUUCGAUCCAAGAUCAAGAAUGGCAAACUGGAUGUCACAGGUGUCUUUGGUAGUGUUUGCAAACAUGAUAUUCCAUUCCAUUUUAUGGACCUGUCUCAUGGUGAAAGACUUAGCUAUCCAGUUUACAUUUUGAAGUGUUUAUUAGAAACCAGAACUGAUAACCUUGUAGUUAUGUACGAUAUUGCAUGUAUGCUGCACAAACAUUUGAAGAAGAACAAUUGUGAAGAAAUGCUAGAAAAGUGUACAUUUGCUAUUCCUGUCUUUCACAGCUUUGCACACAACAUGGCUUGUCAGUUGUCCUAUGGUCAACGAUUUGUAACAGGUACAGGAUUGACAGAUGGUGAAGGCAUAGAGAGGUUGUGGUCUUAUCUAAGGGGAUUUAGAAAAAUCACAAAGGAAAUGUCCCUUAAUAACAGACAAGAUCUUUUGACAGAGGCAAUGCUGCACCAUAGUGAAAAAACUAUAUACAGUUUAGGGACAAGAAUGAUAACCAGACUAGAAAAAUGUGACACAAUCAUAGAGAACACAGAAAAAGUUAUUCAAGAUAUCCUAAUAGAGUUAGAAGAAUCUGAAGAAGCAGUAAUUGAUUGGCAGAUGGAAUGGAAGUUGCAAUGUCAUAUUAAAGGACGAAAAAAUGUUUUUCUGACAGUUGAUGAACAAUAUGCUGAAAGCUUAGACAACCUGGAAGAAAAGAAACAGCUUUUAAAAACUGCAGAUACAGUUAGUUCAAGAAAAGACCUUGAAAAGAAUAUUGAAAGGUUAUCAAAGAUUUGUAAUAAUCUAAAAAGGAGGACAAGUUACAAAAUCAAUCUACAAGAAGAACCAGGAAUUACUCUUCUAUGUUCCAUUAAGAAAAAGAAGAAACAUUUUAUUCUAAAGAAAUUGAAAGAUUUGGCAACAGAUAGACAGUAUUUGUCUAGUUGUAUGAAAAAAUAUGCAGGUAAAUUUACAAUUGUGGAAGUAUAAAUAAAUUGAGGUUAUCUUGAUAUGGACAGAUUGACAUCGUGAAAUAACAAAGUUAUGGGGUUCAUAAAAUGAGGGGGAUUUUCCAGUUUUCAGACAAUAACUCAAAAAUGCUUUCGGCAGUUCUCAUGAAACUUUGGAGAAUUGUUUAUAUCUAUUGAUGUUAGCUCCCUUUAGACUUUUAGAAUUUUUAGAUUUUACGUUUCCGAGUUAUGGAGUUUUAUUCAUUAAAAAAGGGGGGAUUUUCCAGUUUUCGGACAAUAACUCAAAAAUGCUUUCAGCAAUUCUCAGUAAACUUUGGUGAAUUGUUUAUAUCUAUUGAUGUAAGCUCCCUUUUGAAUUUCAUAAAUUUCAAAUAUGACAUUGAGAAGAAAUUGAACUUUAUUCUUUGAAAUUGUGACAGGCGUAUCAUGCGCUCAUGGCGCAGCUGUUAAUUCAAAUCUGUGUUUGCAGCUUCUUCAUGUUUUCGUUUCUA